AUGGAUCCACGUAAGAAAGGGAAGACGACCCGAAAGGCUGCAGAUUGCUGUGCCGCCGGGGCGCUCGUGAGCAUCACACAGCCUCCUGACAUCCUCACUGGAGCUCUCCUCAGAGCUCUCUUGCGGCUUUUCGAAGCAAGUCCUGAGUUGAUGACGGCUUAUCGAGCUUCCAGCUGCGGACAGUGGCUGGGGACACAGGUCACUGCAGACGAAGGUGGUCAAGCAAGAAACGAGAGGCCGCUUCGUGGGUAUGGGUAUGGGUAUGCACAAGAUGCACAAGAUUGUGGCUUGCAUGAAGCCGCCAAUCCCAUGGCAUCACCCCGCUGCAUCCUGCUGACCAGAGAUGUGGUGACAGUAACCCUGGCGGCCUGUAUGGUCGGUCAGUCGACCAGAAUGCCAUGCAUAUUCCUCCCUUCCGUUCUGGCCCCCAAUCUUGCUCGGCUGUGUAUCAUGUUCUACAACGGGCAUAGCAGCCAGCCUUGUAUCAUGAGUCGUUUCGCAGGCAGGCCUCGUCAGCCGAUGACUGCCAACAACAAGGCUGUCCGUUGCAAAUCUCAGACCAGCACUCAUCAGAGCCUGAUCCACUCGCAUGCAUUCGAAAUAGCGGCUUCGUAUGGUAACACCAACGACGAUGCACCGCUGCUGGCCUGGUUUUGUUGUUUUGGGACAAAUUUGGGCUGCUCCUUAAGUAGCCUUUCGGAGGGCAUGUCUCAAAAGCGGCAUUGGGGGGGGGGGGGGGGGGGGGUAGUAGCGAAAUCCAAAGCUGAAGCUCUGAUUGGCUGCAUUCUAUACGAGCUGGCGGGACGGACAAACUCGGCCUCCGAGAAAGAUAGCCCAAGGCAAACUGCUACGACGAAGAACCGCGACGACGACGAAGAUAGAACCGCGACCUCGACCUCGACCCGCAACGACGAGCGACCUGCAACGACUAGCGACUUGCAACGACUAGCGACCUGCAACGACCAGCGACCUCGACUAGCGACCUACGACCUCGACCAUCGACCUACAACGACUAACGACCUACAACGACUAAGAGCACGCGGAGCCGCCUACAAGCACAUAUUAACCGGAAACCACAACCCGACGAAAAUAAGAGGACACGAAUCCUCAUACCGACAACUUAUGCUGGAAGAUCUGCCUCCGGAACUGCUUGGAAAUAUCCUCGAGUUCAUCGAUACUCCGCCCUUCGUCCAAGAGCUUCCCCCAUGUAUCGACGCCCAGAAACGGCUCAGGGAGCUUUGCAGAACAUCACUGGUCAGCAAGGCAUUCUGUGAAGCAACCCAGCCAUGCCUGUACCGUGUCAUCGAUAUCACUCCAUUGAGGAAGCCAAACAUUCGAAAGUUCUUGCGAACACUGUGGGGAAAUCCUGCCCUCGCACGUUUCUUUCAGGAUCUUAGCCUCGGCGAACAUGUAAUGCGGGCAAAGGAAGCACCCUCUCAGGAAGAACUGCGGUCGCACGCUGCCUUAUUGAACACCAUCGGGAAUCAAGAUCUCGAAGUUGAGAUCAUGGAGAGUCUCAUGCAGGGCUGUCCCACUGCCCAGAAUGCUUUGAUUCUCGCCCUAGCAACUAACGUCAGGCUUCUGGAUCUGACACUCGCGGACCCCAUUAGACAGAAUCGCGUAAAGCUUGGAUACGUGCAAGGGCUCUGCACAUGCUGUCCUAAUAUGGCACAGUGUUUAGGCAGUAUUCUGGCUCGAGACUCUUGGAGCUUUGGAAAUUUGAGAACACUCACACUGCGGAGCUCACCCGAGCAAAUCCAAUGUACGACUUACGAUAUUCAAAGACAGCUCUGGAGGCUACCCCUGCUGGAAGAAGUGGUAUUGUCCAAAUUCUGCACGUCAUCCAGCACGGGGACGAUUUCACUACCUAGCAAGAGCACAAUUCGCAAAAUUGUGUUGGACCAUUGUACGGUUGACAGUGGCAGCAUAGCUUACAUGAUCCAAGCAUGUAAGGCGUUGACGGAGUUCGAAGUCCUGUGUCCGAGCGGGAGGAUCGAUGCUGAAGAAUUUCUAACAGCAUUGAAGGAACAUUCGGCGCACUUGGAAAGCCUGACGAUCAAGACUCUUUGGAAGAACCGGCCUCUAUUCCAAGACAACAAGCCCAUCGGUAGCCUUAGUGCCUUCAAAUCCAUGCAUUUUCUGGAGCUAGACUCCGACAUGCUGACAGGCACACACCGAUGGGGCUCCGACUCGCUGAGCUUACCUGACCUGCCGCCGUCUAUAAAAUGUCUCAAAGUCAAAAUACGCAACAACCUUUCGGAGCUGGUCCCCGUUUUACGCUCGCUGCAACCGAAACUGUCUCCGUCACUCGACCUCUUGAAGGUCACUUUCCCAUGCGACAGCCUUCUCAAUCGUGAAUACCUUGACGUCAUUCAAGAAGAAGACAUGUGGGAGAAGCCUGAGGCGGCUGAAGUGAGACUAGAUAGGGGCUGGAGCAUCACCUUAAGCCACACUUCCGGGGGAUCCGGUUUGUGCUUCAGCUGUUGGAAGGAUAAGAAGAGCGUAAAAGACAAGAUCUGGCCACUCGCUGAGCAGAUUAUGAAUGUUGGGGUUAGAAAAUUGCUGGAAGAGUAUUACGCUAACUGUGUCUUUGAUGAGAAUUUUCGAUUGGAUGUCUUUAAGGAGAGUCUCUGGAGCCUUCCACCAACUGCUGAAAUAUAA